UGGAUCCCAUUGAUUAUAAUAGGGUUCGUUGUUUUAGAGGAGUGUAGUGGGAGAAAAAGACGGAGCAUGCACUAAUUUUUCUCCCGCUAUACUCCUGUCAUUUUACAAUGGCCAGUGUACUUCCAGGUCACAACGGCAGUUUGAAGCUAGCCCAACUGUGGUAAUAGUAGUGACGGGACACGUUGAAGGGUUUGCUAUUGUUCUGCGAGGAGAGGAGAUGGCCUCCGCACCUUUACAUUUGAAGAUGUGUUCAACAGUUCAUUCUACACCCAGCAAUAUUAUCACACAUGGAUUUCACACAAUGAAUAUGUUCACAAAACUGAAGAUGGAAAUGUCCUAGUUUAUAAUAUGGACACGGGUAGGACAUCCACUAUUUUAAAAAAUACAACAUUUAAUGAUGUCAAUGCAACAAAUUAUUUCCUGUCACCAGAUAGAAAAUUUGCCGCCUUCGAAAGCGAUUACAAAAAACAAUGGAGAUACUCUUAUACGGCGACCUACCACAUUUAUGAUAUAGACAAUGGAGUAUUUAUAAAAACAAAUGAACUACCUCCUAACAUUCAGUACAUAUCCUGGUCAUCUGUUGGCCACAAAUUGGUGUAUGUUGUGGAUAGUAAUAUUUAUUUAAUACAUGAACCUGGACAAUUACCCAUUCAAUUAACGAAUGAUGGGAAAGAAGAUGAAAUAUUUAAUGGAAUUCCAGAUUGGGUCUAUGAAGAGGAGAUGCUGGGGUCAAAAUAUGCUAUCUGGUGGUCUCCAAAUAACAAGUUUAUAGCAUACGUCCAGUUUAAUGAUAAAGAUGUACCUCUAAUAGAAUAUCCUUUCUAUGGUGAAGACCAGUAUCCAAAAACUGUCAAAAUACCAUAUCCAAAGGCCGGAGCGAAAAACCCGACAGUGAAAGUUUUCAUUGUACAAGUCGAUGAUCCAUCAUAUAAUAAAAUCCAGGUGCCCGUCCCUUCACUGAUCUCUUCAAGUGAAUACUGCUUCAGCUGGGUGACAUGGAUCCACGAUGAGAGGGUCAGUGUACAGUGGGUGACACGAAUACAGAACAUAUCAAUAAUAUCCAUAUGUGACUAUGAGCAGAGCUCCAAACACUGGAUGUGUCCAAAGAAUCGUCAGCAUGUUGAAGCAAGUAAGACAGGAUGGAUUGGCGUGUUUUUUCCCUCUCUUCCGGUUUUCACGUCAGAUAGCAUAUCCUUCUACCAGAUCCUCAGUGACCCGGCUGGCUAUAAACAUAUCCAUUAUAUCAAUGACACCAUGGAUAAUGCUGUCCAAAUUACCAAAGGACUCUGGGAAGUGACUCACAUAAUAUAUGUUACAGACCAAGCUAUAUAUUAUACAAGUAAUGAAUUUGAAGGAUUUCCAGGAAGAAGGAAUGUUUAUCGAAUCUCACUCCAAGGAAGCCGUCCAGAAAAACAAUGUCUCACCUGCACGUUAAGGAAGGAUCGGUGCCAGUAUAAUUAUGCCAAGUUUAGUACCAAUGCUAAGUACUAUACGGUCAGCUGUUGGGGUCCGGGGCUUCCUAUCCAAACAAUUCACAAUGGCACUACUGAUAGAGAACUCCAGAUCCUACAGGACAACCAGCAACUGGAAUCCAAUCUUCUCGGAGUGCAGAUGCCUACAGACAAAAUUGGGAGCAUUACACAGAAUGGAAUAACAUUCUGGUACAAGAUGACCUUACCUCCUCGAUUUGAUCGGUCAAGGAAGUAUCCUCUUCUUCUCUAUGUGUAUGGUGGACCUUCCAGUCAGGAGGUGCACCAUUCAUAUUCUAUUGGCUGGAAAACCUAUUUGGCAAGCACUGAGGACAUCAUUGUUGCAUCAGUGGAUGGCAGGGGAACAGCUUAUCAAGGGGACAAGUUUAUGCACGCUAUAUAUAAAAAGCUUGGAACACUGGAGAUUGAAGAUCAAAUAUUUGCAGUAAAAAAAUUUAUUCAAAUGGGAUUCAUCGAUGAAAAACGAAUAGCAAUUUGGGGUUGGUCAUAUGGUGGUUAUGUAACAUCCAUGGUCCUUGGCCAGGGUACAGGCCUUUUUAAAUGUGGAAUGGCGGUUGCUCCAGUGUCUAAUUGGGAAUAUUAUGCAUCCAUCUAUACAGAGAGGUAUAUGGGGCUUCCAACAAAAUCAGACAACCUUGAAAAUUAUCAGAAUUCGACUGUGAUGUCCAGAGUAGAGAAUUUCAGGAAAGUAGAUUACUUACUCAUUCACGGAACAGCAGAUGAUAAUGUACAUUUCCAACAAGCCGCUCAGAUUUCGAAAGCUUUGGUUGACGCCCAAGUGGAUUUUGAAGCAAUGUGGUACACGGACAAGGAUCAUUCAAUCGCCGGAUCUGGAAGAAAACAUCUAUACAAUCACAUGACUCAUUUUCUUAAGAAAUGCUUUUCUCUAUCAUGAGUUGAAGUCACUGACCUUCCAGUAUACUAUAUUUUUAAAGUUCGACUUAUUUUGACAAAUGAUCAUUUGCUGUGCAGGCAAAUCUUCAGCCAGAUUUAUUUGUUGUGAUUUGUUUUUCAAUUGUUACACCUUAAAACUCAGUUAUUAAAAUCUUGUAUAUAGUAAAAAACUACUAAUUCUACUAAAUAAAUAAAUAAACAAU